AUGGUGCAACGACAAACAAGCAUCAAACACACGGCUGCCCAAAACUUGAACAGUUGCGGGUCAACUGUUUGUUUGGACGACGAGAUCGCCCGCGUCAACAGCAUUGAAGAUUUCUGCAUACCCAAAACGUCUCCCCUGGUUACACUAUUGAGGACCACGGUAGAUGUGGAAUGGGGAUGCCUGGUUGUUACCGAAGAUCAAAGUCUCGGCAAGAACGGUAUUCUCCUUUCUUGUAGCAGCAAAAACAAUGAGUUCGGCAAUGUCCUCGGCGUACAAUGGCUCGGUGUCCUUGUACACAGAAGCAGCUCUUUCCUUGUCACCCUUGAAUCUGACCAAGGAGAACUCGUCGGAUCAACAGACCCAACCGGAUCCAAUCCCAAAGCCUUACCAGCAUUGUUCACCAGAACAUCGAUCUCGGCAAAGUCGGAAGGCAGACUUUUCAAAAAUGGAGAGAUCUGGUCAAUUUUCGAAACGUCCAACGAUGCAAUGAAAACUUGGAUCGAUGGGUACGAUUUCAGAAGCUCCUCCUUAAGAGCCUUGAGCUUAUCCUCUCUACGAGCAGUCAGCACCAGCUUGAUGUUACCGGCACCAGCCUCGGCGAAAUACUUGGCUGUGCUGUAG